UUGGAGUUGCAGUUAAGCCUAAAACACCUAUCGAUGUUAUAUUUCCUUUGGGUCAUAAGAUUGACAUGUGUUUGAUAAUGACUGUUGAACCUGGUUUUGGUGGUCAAAAGUUUAUGGCAGAAUGUAUGCCAAAGGUAAAGGCAUUAAGAGAAAGAUUUCCCGAAUUAAAUAUAGAAGUGGAUGGAGGUUUAACACUUGACACAAUUGAUGAAGCUUCUAAAGCUGGAGCAAAUGUGAUUGUGGCUGGGACAUCUAUAUUUAAAGCUAAUAAUCCUAAUGAA